AGCUUCAAGACGCGCCCCCGGCAGUACCCAACUCCUUUUCAGCUGUUGCAGGCUUUCCGAGCCGCUUGAAGUGUUUUUCUGUGGAGGGUUCGGACACCCGGAAAGUUAGUAAAAAUGAGCGAAAUCAAACCCGAAGGACGCGCCGCGGCUGCAGACAGCAGCGAGGAGCAGGACUGGGCUGCGGCCAAAGCUUUCUUCGACAGCCUGAAGACGAAAGUUCCCAGACCUCCCAAGCCCCAGUUCGCCGUCACCAUCGCGGUGUCCUCUCGCACCCUUUUCAACAUGGUGGCAGAGAGGAAGAUCUAUGAGGAAGAAGGAGUGGAGAAGUAUGUGGCCUUUCAGGUGGAGCACGAAGACGAGCCUCUGAGUCCAGGACCUGCUUUUCCCUUCGUGAAGGCGCUGAUGAAUGUCAACAGCCGGCUGAGGCAGCUCUACCCAGACAGCGAGGAGCUGUUUGACAUUGUUUUAAUGACUAACAACCAUGCCCAAGUGGGAGUGCGUCUCAUAAACAGUAUUAAUCAUUACGGUUUGACCAUUGAGAGAUUCUGCAUGACAGGAGGUCAGAGUCCCAUUGGGUAUCUGAAGGCCUACAUGACCAACCUUUAUCUCUCCAAAGAUUCAGAGAAGGUCACAGAUGCCAUUGAAGAAGAAAUUGCAGCGGCGACGAUGUUCAUGAGGCAAUCGGAGACCGAGCUGAGCGACACGCAGCUGAGAGUGGCGUUUGAUGGCGACGCCGUGCUUUUCUCUGAUGAGUCAGAGAUUAUCGUGAAGCAACAUGGCCUCGACACGUUCUUUGAGCACGAGAAGAAGUUUGAGAACAAGCCUCUGGCUCAGGGUCCAUUGAAGUGUUUCCUGGAGGCCCUCGGAAAACUCCAGAGAAAGUUUUACGCCAAAAACGAGCGUAUGAACUGUCCCAUCCGGACCUUCCUGGUGACGGCUCGCAGCGCUGCCAGCUCUGGGGCUCGCGUCCUGAAGACCCUCCGCAGCUGGGGCCUGGAGAUCGACGAAGCCCUCUUUCUGGCGGGGGCUCCUAAAGGGCCCCUGCUGCAGAAGAUCAAGCCUCACAUCUUCUUCGAUGACCAGAUGUUCCACAUUGAGGGCGCCAAAGAACUGGGAACCAUUUCUGCGCACGUUCCCUACGGAAUCGGGCAGAAAUACAACAGGGGGAAACUCAUCGAGGAGCCGGCAGAGAAGAAGUGACCCGAAGCGGUUUCCGGAUGAAAAGGCACUACAGUAUCGCCUGCACUGAAAGAGGUUUGCUUCAAAAUUUGUCCAAGAAAAACUAAUCCUCCCUCCCUAAAACUAUAUCAUUAGAAAUUCUAAAAGGAAAUAAUUUAAUAAAAAAAGGGAACUUAGAAAAGAACCAUCUUUAUAGGUAUUUAAAAAAAAUAAGCAUUAUAAGAUUUAUAUUUCUGAGACACUUUAUAUUUAUCUAACCCUUUGGCUUUGUUUAAAAGCCUAAAAUAAAUAGGAGAAUACACCGAAUUUAUAUACUAUUUUUAGCUUUAUUGUAAAUGCUAACAUCCCUGCACUUUUAAUGGAACUUAUAUAUUUUAUAAGGAAAUUUAGUUAGUAAAGAAGUGCUUUGGCCUCUGAGGAACACUGCUGCCUUGUUUUUGCUGUUAAACAACACAAACAACUUUAAACCUUUUAUAUUCUAGGGGAGGGUUUACACUUUUUAUCAAGCUUUUAUGUAGAAACUAUGUCAACGUUGCAGGGAUCAUGCAAAGGUCUGCAGGAAAGGUUGUAGAAUUUGCUCAGUUUGGUUCAAUUCUUGUAUCUCUGUCUUUUGAAUUGAUUGUAGUGUUGUAAUAACACAUUGCAACUCUUGCACACUCUACAAACUCAGAGGUAUCAACAGGAAGUUUAUCAAAAAGUUUAAAAAAAAGAAAUGUGGUGUAACUCCAGUUUACUUUGGUUUUUUGUACUGGAAAGUCAUUGUUUUGUGCUUUAAGGUUAAAAAUGUGCUCAAUUUGAUGGAAAAUUGUGACCGUUUUCACGUUUUAUUAAAAAAAAUAAUGAAGAUC